AUGGUCAUCUCUGGUGUGGGUCCCACUGCUCUGCUGCUGCUUGUGUGCUCCCUGCUGCUGCUGACGCUGGGCACCACGGCGUAUGACGACAAGAGUUUGUCGAAGGGCAGCCGCGAGGAGCAGAUCGUCUUCUGGGAAAAGGGGGUCCGCGAACUGCGCGAUGGCGAGCUCAGCAGAGCGUACAGCAAGUUGUACGCAUCACAGCACGCGCUGGAUGAGGCAAAUAAAAGGCGCGGCUGGCUCUUCACGAAGGAGGAAGACAAAGACCUUAUCAAAAAUCUUGACGAGGAGCACAAGCGGAACAUGGCGGAAUUGGCCGUGUUGAAGCGGCAGGAAGAGCUGAUGUUAGCUAAAAUAAAGCCGCUUUAUGGUAUCGUGUCGCGACACUUCGUACAGGAGCAGCGUGACUCCAUUGCAAAUGCCGUGAGCCAAGUGCAGCAGUUAAGCUACGAUAACGCCUGGUACACAUCCCUCUUUAACGUUGGUGACGCGGAGACCUUCACAGACCUCAUUGUUGGCUUUCUCCUCGAGUGGCUGGUGGGCUAUGUCUUGAUGUAUCCAUUUGCAGCUCUGUAUUACACGUUUUGGACGGCGCCGUGGUCCAUCUACGCGUACUCAUCGGGGACGUCAGACGUGGUUGUGGGCCUCCUUGCAUGGUGUGCUUCAGUCACCAUCAUGCUGCUGCCCUUGCUGGCACUGGUCGGUGGGUUCGUGUACAUCCAGCGGAAGUAUGGGGACCGUGUAUUGGAAGCGCUGCACACGGCCAGGGAGCGUGAACGACGUCGGCGUUAA